CAUGCACUUUAAUAUUGUGUAUCAUGAAACUUAAGGUUUUCUCUCUUUUGUUUUUCUUUGUGUAUGUAGUUGGAAAAACUAACUUCAAACCUCAGUGAGAGAAUUACUGCACUGGAAAGUGUUGGUAAGACUAUGACAGCUGUAACUGUUGUGUCAUUUUUAUGAUAUUUCUAUUAUUAUACUGCUACGUGAGAAAUUUCUGUAUUUUGAUUGGCUUAGGGCAGUGGUGUUUCAGCUUAAUUUGAAAUACCUACAUGUGAAAAUUACAAAACUAUUGCAGGUAGUAGUAUAAACAAAUAAUAGCAUGAUUUGUAUGUGAUAUUUGGCAUAAGAAGCUUGAACACAAACUGAACUUGGAUACGGAAUAAAGCAAAGAGAGAAACUGACAUUUUAAGUGAUAUUUCAAAAUUGUCUCAAAUUUCACUCACCUAACGGCUCGUGAAACGUAUAACAAUUUCGAAAUAUCACUCGUGGUAUUUAUGCGAAAUAUCACCACAAAUGAUGCUAUUAUAUACCUAUCAUAAUUGUAUAUAUUGUUUUUUAUAAACUUGAAUUGAUUCCUAAAAAAAAGAAUGGUCAUAGCUGUCAAAUUCAUUCCUAAGAAAAGGAAUGGUCUUAGCUGUCAUAGCUGAUGUCUUAGCUGAUGAAAUAACUGAGUUGUUUGUUUUCAUAAAUUUGUAGACAACUCUCAAGAGAAAAAGAAACUUGAAGAUUUACUUAAGGAAUUGGUGAGAAUGACAGCGCAGUCAGAGAAAAUUAGCUAUUAAUUUGCAAUAGUGCAGUAAAUGCAGGUGGUGGACAAAAUGCUGACUCCCAGUCCAUGGACUACCCCCAUGGACUACACGUACGGACUACCUUUUGAGUAAUUUUACCAGUAGUUACUUCAUGUACCUAGCAUUGUAGUGAAUUCAAAAGGUAGUCACUAUGGGUAGUCCAUGAACUGGGGGCCAGUAUUUUGUCCACUGCCAUCAAUGUGGAUGAGUACAAAGAUUCUGGGAAACUGUCUCCUCACCUACCCCUCCCCUAAUACAGCAUUAACACUUACUUCUCACUUAGGGGGGAGGGGGGUAGGUGGGUAAGUGGCUACCAUCUUUUGACACCUCUGUGAGAAAGACACCUCCCUGAACCAAGAUACCCUGAGAGUUGGUCCCUACAAUUAAUUGGACAUUUGCUAUCAUUUGCUAUAAUGCAGGCACCUGCCUGCCACAGAUGUUUCAUGCCAGCCCCUGUAGUGUCCAUCAGAGAGAGCGUUGACUACAUUUUUUUUCCUGCUCAGUAUUAAUAGUGAAGGGUCAGAAGAUCAAAUGAAGAUGAUGUGAACUGCAGAAAUGCAAUACAUGAUUGUUGCUGUUUUAAUAGCAAUUUUUAAGCAAUUGCAGAUUAACCCAGAUUAAUAAACAAUAAAGUAACACAUGCUCCUUCACCAAGUCAGUGGAGUGCUGAGCGCAAAUGCAACUUGUUAGUUUUUGUGGUAGUGGACAUACAAACUCUAAAUUUGCUUGGAACAGUUCAUCAUGUGCCCUUUGUUUUAUUCUAGCAAAAUCUCAAGAAACAAGUAGAUGACCUUCCCACAAAAGAUGACCUCAAUAAUUUGGACAUAUAUGUCAAAUGGCCACAACUUGAGGAAGCUUUAAAUGCUAGGAGAAGUCGUGCCCCUUCGGCAAAGUCAAGGGCAUCUACCCCUAAAGCAAGAACUCCUACCCCACCCCCACCCAGGACACCAAGUCCUCCUCACCCCUCCGCUGAAGCACUUGAGGCAUUGAGACAAAUUGGUGAACUUAUGGACAGACAUGAAGUGUUAAUUGAACAAGUGGAUGCAUUAGAGGUUUGUAAAUACCUACUACUGUACCUUGUAGUAGUGCUGGUUGUCUGUCGACUAACUUUUGUUUAUCUUUUGACUGUUGGUCACAGUCUUCUGACAGAUGCAAGAUUUAUUUUUCGGGGAGUUGUUCUUCAAUUUUUCCCAAAUUUGUAUUCUUUGUAAUUUCCUAGAGUAGCUUAUUGCGGUAGAAGUCAUUGCAGGAUAAUUUAUUCACGUAUGUAUAAAAAUGUAUUUUCCUGACAAUCUUUUUACAGUGUGACCAAAUGAACUGAGGCCACCCAGACAAAAUUUUGAGACAGAUUUCUUUAAGUACUGCUGGCUUUGAUUCUGGCCUGAACCCAGAUGUUGUCAAAACAUUUUCCAGCUUGAUUUACACAAACUUCAUGAUUCCUUAUUUAUAUCCUUUAGGAAACUGGUAUGCAACGUAUUUUGAACUGGCUCUGAGUACAAAAUUAUACGUAUUUUCAUGUUUAGAUCUUGACUUGUGGAUUGCUUAUUUCAAAAUUUGUCUCAUUUUAUGUCUGGGUGGCCUUGGUCCAUGUGGUCGCACCGUAAGCCUUGAUUACAGCAAAUUACAAAAUAAUGUAUUUCCAUUUUGUAAAUAGGUUGUUGGGUUUACAUGUACUCAUUAAGUAAAUAAGAUUUCCAACCUACAAGAGAUUUUCUACAAAUUGAAAGACCUGCAUCCAUUAAUUUCCAUUCAACAGACACUGUUAAUUCCUCACUGAUAUUUUAUUUAUAAUUAUUUUUAUUGACAGGAACAAAUGCCCAAAAAAGCUAACCUUGAAGAUUUGGAGGAACUGAGGAAAAGACCAGGUGUUUUGAUGAGAACUGCCUUUAUUUUUCACUAUGUCCAUUUUUAAUAGUCAUCAAAUUAAAAAUAGAAGCAUCUACAGGGUAACUGUUUUGUGCAUGUAUCUUAUAAAAUCAUUUUUGUUUUUCUAUUUUACUAGAUGUACCAGAUGACAUUCUUGAGCGGCUUAAGUGGUUAAAGGAAGGGCUUGAUGCAAUUAAUAAGUGGAAAGAGGAGGUAAUGAAAAUGACAAUGAAACCCUUUGUUACAUGUACAGUGUACAGAAAUUCUGUCUACAUAUGCCGCUGAACAAACACAAUAAUUUCAUUUUAUCACAUGAAUUGAUGAAGUCAAUUUACUGUUUGAAAAAGAUUCACACUGAAAGUCGGGUUUGGUGAAACCUUUUUCCUUAAUUAAAAAUGAACGUGGUUUCAAGUUUAAUAUAAUGAAUUAUUUUAUAUUUUCUUCAGUAACCUGUAAAUAUUAUGUACAUGUACAUAACUGGUUAUUCUGUCUCAUAACUCUAAACUGAAACCAGUGAUUAGAAAUAAAGAAUAAACCAGAUAAACAGAAAUAACAAACAUUUACAGGGGGAACAUUUAAGGAGGAAGAUUUAAAGUGUUUGGAUACAAAAGACAAAAAAUUCAGUUAACUUAGUCUACUAAUGUGAAAGAAUUAAUAGUCGGUGUCCUUACUGAAUAAUGUCUACAACAAUAAUAUUAUUUACAUGACUUGUGUAACUUUAAGAAAACCAUUCCUGCUGACCUUGAAGCACAGUUAGCAUCGCUGAGGGAAGGGGUAUCAUUACUCAGCAAUAACAAACAACAGGUAAUAGAUACUGGCCAUUAUAAUAAUAAUAAUAAUAAUAGUAAUAAUAAUAAUAAUAAUAAUAAUAAUAAAUAAAUAAUAUUAAUAAUGUGAUAUGAUGAGGAUGAUGAUAUGAUAAUGAUAAUGUUAUUGACAAUAAUAAUUCAAACAGUGUGGUUCAAUCUGAACGUCACUUUUGCUUGAAAUUUCUAAACAAUAUAAACCAUAAUAGUGAAACCUGAAUAACAGCUGUUUCGGAUAACGCGCCCCACAUUGUCAAAAAUUUCUUUGGAUUUUGGGUUUCACAGGACGCAUGUUAUCCAAAACAGCCGUAAGUGGAUAUGUACAAGACCAUUGCCAGUGUCCACUAUAGAAGUAGAUGUAUAACUAAUGUGGUUUUGUUGUAUAGCAAUGUUGAAAAAAAAGUGGGUCCGCUUAAUAUGGUGUCCAUAAAAUGAGGCCUAUAUAAACAUGCAAAACUCAAAAUUUGAUUUGUAAACCACAUCUUUAGACUUAAGACUUACAAACAUUAGCUUUUAUCAUUCGGUCAUCUUAAUUCAUCUUUAAUACCUGUUAUUAUUAUUAUUAUUAUUAUUAUUAUUAAAAUUUAUUUCAACAAUAACGAUUUACCUAGUUUUUUUUUUAAUGCUAAACCAGAAUGAAAGGUAAUUAAUCUCAUCGAUACAUACAGUAUUAACACGUUUAACUGUACGCCGUUGUCUGAUUUUUCAAUUUAACAGUUAAACUGUAGCCACUAUCUCAUAUUUUCAUAAGGUUUUGAAAACACAUUUUUUGUUAACGUGCAAUUAACUUUGAAUGUAAAGAUACUGACGGUUAAAAACUUUGAAACUUUUGAGAUUGAAAAAAUGGGACAACAGCUUCAAAGCCUAAAGAAAGUCUCCGACAUGCUGAGCUAUCACAACCAAAAGGUACAGAGAUGAUGCUUUAAACGCUGUUAAAAUUUAAAGCUGAUAAUACAUAAGCUUAGCAAAUCCUAGUGAUAAACAUUUCAAAGUAAAUUGGAAGCGGACAGUUCCUUUGAGACGCAUGACAGUUCAAUAAGAUAGCUGAGAGGACUGAUAAUGACCGUCGCAGUUGUAAUCGCAAUUGAAACAACUGAAAAUUUAGCCCAAAAACAAAUUCAGCGACUCGAAGGCAUGGCAUCUGUUUAAGCGUUUGCUCUACAAACUGAGUUAUGAAGAAUUGUGGAGUCGUGAUUCAGAUUUGUGUUUCUGUAGUGUACAUCAUCUUCAUUCUAAGUGUCAAAAGUAUUUUGUAAAAACAGAUUUUCGGGUGUGUACGUUUAACCAUUCCUGGUUUUGAACUCCCUGGUAAAGCGAUGCGUGAGACAAAAUGCUUCCAACAUGUAAUUUUAAGUUGCACAGAACACCUUAAAAAGCUUUGGAACCCAGUUGAACCUUGUGCAGGAAAUGUGCUAAUCACUAACUGCUAAUCGCAAAGUUAAACUUAAUCUAACAAUCGUUAACUUGCUAUAACCUGCUAAAGCCGGCUGUAACUGCUGAGUUUCCUUUGCUUUUUUUUUUUUUUAAUUUAAAAGCCUCAGUUAUGAUUAACCAUUAAUCGUAUAACGAUCACUACCUUAAUACUGCUUUUUCAAACAGGCUUAUUUAAUCUUAAACUUUUAAUCUUUAACAGCCACGUUAAAGCUCUAUUAAAACUAAGCUCACUUUCGGUCCUCUUGGCUUUGUCCAUCUUAAGAUUUCUACAUAAAAUAGAUGAUCGACCAUCUCUAAUCAAAUUAUAUUUUAUCUCCCUUGAGUACAUGUAUAUAUGCUGAGUUGAUAUUUUUCGGGUUUUAAUAUCUGUCCUGAAUUCUUGUGACCAAUCGGCGCUCUCAAUACAUCGUGCAUCCAUCACUGGCUCGAUAGUUAGACUGAAAUAAUGUCUUGCAAGUAAUAGUAACUUUAACAUACCUAAAACACCGGUUCUAAACUACCAUUCCUGCUGAUUCGCACUAAAUAUGUCAUGUUUUACUAAACUUUUAAGCUUCAAAUGAUUCCUGAUGACUUGUUGGAUCAACUUAAUAAGCUUAAAUAUUUGGAAAAAACAACCAAGCAAAUGAAAGAAUUCAACGAGCAGGUGAUUAUGUAAUGUAUUUACAGCCUAUUACUGUAGUUUGAAUUAGCUUAAAUGUAAACUGGAAAAGAUAACAUAUUGUUUUUUAUAUUGAAUAAUCAGUCCAUUCUAACGUAUCAUUUAUUUAUUUAUUUUUUGUUUUAUAACUUUUUUUUGCCAGAAAAUAUUUAUAAAAAUUUUCAAGUAGUAUAAUUUCAAGUUUGUCUAGUUUUUUUUCAUCUCUUCCGAUCUAACGCCAAAUCGGAGGAACGAUUAGUUUAUUCUGCUUAUAAGAAGACAGAUCUUAAGUCAUCGUGUUCGCUAGAUAAUGUAGCUGUUUAAACGACAGAUGUAUACGUAAAAAAAAACUAUUUUGUAAAUGAGUGAUUAAAUUUAGUUUUAUUUGAUUGAAACAAGGCAUUUUAGGUAGGCAAUUUUUUGUACCAAACAUCAAGAAAAAUUCUCGGUUUGCAAUGAAUAUGUAUAGUAAGGUGGUUCUGAAGGAAAAGUGAAUGAAAACAAGAAGAAGCAAAUAUAAAUAAACAGAUAAAACAUUUAAAUUUUGGUCGACUCCAGCAAUAUCUUUCUUUGAGAACGAUUUGAAGAAUUGAAAGGAGUAAAGACACUAGUAAAAUAAAAAUUUAACCUAAUAAAACUUUUCAUUCAAUAAAAUUUAAUUUUUAAGUUACCGUCGAAACUUCAGCGAGUCGAGGAUCGAAUAAAAGAAGACACAGAACGUGAGAUCAGAACCUUAAGGGAUGGUCUUCGUCUUCUUAAUAACCAGCUAGAUAAGGUUAGUAUGUAAAUAACCUAGGGGCAAGCUCUCCGGGCCGCUCUGGCGGCGGGGCGGGAAAAGGAAGGAGAGCUUGCAACUGCGUCUCUUUGGAUCAGCUAAGGCAUGAAGUUAUUGGCAUUAUUAAAAGUAUUUAUUCAUAGCAGUAUUAGCUAUUAGAUCAGGUUGCCAGAGAAGUCGUUGAGAAGAAAAGAAGCGGAAGUUUAUACAAACUAUACACAUUUCUUGUUGAUUUGAAUUAAUUCUAAAAGUUAAUUUAUACCUACUCUAACAUUUCUGUUAAAGUAAAAUAUUAUUUCUAUCAGCUCCUUUUAAAAACAGGGUGAACUGCCUCGUGUAUUAAAAAUUAAAACUAUAAAAUUAGUAAAACUAACAAUAUAUACUAUGUAACAUUCACUGUUAAAGUACAAGAAGAUGGCAGAAACUAUUCCGAAAUCACCGCCUUCAAAUACAGGAAAAAUAAAGGUAAAACCAUGUCCCAUGUAAGCAUGUCAUAAAGGAUACCUUUACCCUUAUCAAAGUAAACCUAAUCGUUUAAUCUUAUCAAUAAAAUCACAAGUAUUGAACUAAAACAUAGCAUACAAAGAGCACAAGGCUGCUUUAAUUGCCAAGUCCAGCAAGUUUAUGAAACUUUGAGGUCGGUUGGCGUUUACCAAAAUAUCUUCAUUUUGUACAUCCUUGGAAACCCAUGGGCAGAUAGUGGGGGAGAGGGACAGUGUAAACUGGUGGAUUUCUUCGCGCCAUUUUUUCCCGCCCGUUUACACUUUCCCUCGUGCGUCCCCACUAUCAUGCCCCAGGGUCUUCGAGGAUGCUUUCUGUAUUUUCGUAUGCAGCUUUCUCCAAGGGUGCGUUCCUUUGGGAUGAUCCGGAUCAGGAUCAGUGAUCAGAGAUCACUCGGAUCAUGGUAGAUCAAAUGAACCGAUGAAUCCACUCUGGACAAGGAUUCAUCGGUUCAUUUGAUCUACCAUGAUCCAAAUGAUCUCGGAUCACUUAUCCUGAUCUGGAACGCACCCCAAGAUUUGCCUAUCGAGCUGGAACUAAAGGUGCGUUCCAUUGGGAUGAUCUGAGUCAGGACUAGUGAUCCGAGAUCACUCGGAGCACAGCACAUCAAAGUAAUUGACAAAUCCACGCUGGGAAAUGAUUCAUCGGUACCUUCGAUGCUCCAUGGUCCGAGUGAUCUCUGAUCACUGAUCCUGGUCGGGAUCUUUCCAAAGGAACGCAUCGUUGCACUUAAAGUUAAAGCUCGUGAUGCGGAGAAUCUUUUCACUUGUAUAUUAUAUCCAUUUCAAAAGAAAGGUGCCUAUGCGAAGGCCACUUUUGGUUGUGAAAUAGUUAAUAUUUGAAAUAAGUAAUAAUAAUAAGUAUAAUAAUUUGCAUUUGAAGAAAGAUCUCUACAAACUAUAAAAAUAAGUAAAUGAAUUUAAAAACAACAAACAAACAAACAAGGGAGAAAUAAAGGGAAACAAAACAAAUAGGACAACAUGUCUUAGUCUUGGAUUGGGUAGCGAGAAGUUUGAGAAAGCGCUAGGUUUUCCUUUUAUAAGUUCUCGACGAAAGACAUCCUCAACAAUUAUGACUAAAUGAAUGAUGCUGACAUUGACUGAAAUCGUUAAACAAAUACAUAAAGUAGACAGAGUUGCAUUACACAACCUAUUAAUCGAACGUUACCGCUAACAAAUGACGACAAAGGUAUCCACAAGCCGAGCGUCAAAUAUAACAUUGCCAAUAAGGAACGGUUUUGAUGAUUUGUUGUCUUUUAGGACGUUGAAGCACUGAAUGCACUAAGAAGCAUGCUAACGGAACUUCAAGCAGAACAGGAGAGAUUAAGCAAUACCACCAAGGAACUGAUAGAAGAACACAACAGGAAACAGAAACAUAUUGAUGUGAGUUUAUAGUUUACUUGUUUUUGGAGCAUUUCAUUGUUUCUAAAAAAAUGUCUAAAUACACUCACACUUGUAUGAAACCAAUUUUCUCUUGAACACGGCCAGAUAUGCAAGUUUUUGUCGUCGGAAAAAUAAAGCAGGAGCUGUGUCACUAACUUUACCGAAAUUCAAACGGUGGGGAAUUGCCACCAAUUGAGUUGAGUGAAACAUAAGAAUACCCGCCCACGGGUAUAAAUAACACCGCGAAUACAAAAGUAGGCACUGAUAGACAAACUUGAAGAAGAUUAAAAUGGAUUUAUUUAUUUUGUGUUUAUUUAUUGUCAUUUUGCCAUUCAACUUAAAUAUAUACAUAAAAUUUAAAAAAAGAUGAUGCAAGGCAGCCCAAGGAAUCAAGGAAGCCGAUAAGGCUUAUAAAUAGCACCACCUGUAAUAUAUUAUCUAAUUAAUAAAUAUAAUACUGACAUCGGCAAGACAAUUUGGCUCUAAGAGCGCACAAUUUCUUUAGAGCAAAGAAAAUAAUCAUUAAAGAGGAUAAAGAUAAAUAAGACUGAAUGCGUAAGUGCAAAAACGAAAAAGAAAAGGUGGAAAAAUAAUGCAAGAUACGAGAUAAAUACGAGAAAAAAUAUGAUGAAAAAUACGAUGAUACAAGAAAAAAAGCGAAAGAAGCGAAAAACUACACACAAGAGUGAAGAGAACUAAAGUGUGCUUAUACCAAGAAAAAUGACUUAAGUUUAGAAUUGAACAAAGGAUUGCAACUGUGGUUUUUGAAAACUUGUUAGCAUAACUUGUCUUGCUCCCAAAACAUAUUUGUUAAGAAGCCGUAAUUUUGUCAUUGGCCAGUAGUUCCUUUGCUUUAGUUAAAAAUGAACUAAGCAGCCGUGACGCAACCCCUUUAACGGUCUUUUUGACUUGUUAGUAUGAAGGUUCUAUGGUCACUUAAUAAUUCGUUUCGCUCAACAGGCCUUGUACACGUACGCUGACAAGCUACAGGAGGUUAAAGCUGAUAAGGAGCAGGUUGCCAUGGAAAUGGACGUGGUAAGUGAAAACGUUUUCGUCCACUUCCAUGUCAUUGUGCGAUUUGAUGUGAAGUAAAGGGGGUAUGUGUCCGAUUUUUUAGGCAACUGAUAAUCGCUUUAAACUGUACACUAUAACGUCAUUUGCUUUUUUGUGCUUUCAUAGAAAGCGGACAAGCGUGCGACAGACAAUUUAGUAAGUCGAACCAAGUUUGAUCAGAGUAUAGGAGGAUUGGACCAGUCGCUACAGGAACUGUUACAGAGGCUUGAAGGACAGGUAUGUGCCGGACCACAUUGCUAAGUUAACUUUACUCCCUUGCUAAUCAAAGCGUUGCUUUUAAGGGCGUUAGACAUCUUAGCUAACAAAAGUCCUGAAAAAAAAACGUUGCUUUUUUGGGCAUUGUGUCGUUUCACAACAAGUUUUGAAAAAAGAGAUCAGACAGUGUUUUAGUGUCAAACAAGGUAGUCUGCAAUUAUGUGCUGUUUUUGACUUUUAUGACUUGUGUGCGUCUGCCGUCUUCAAUUCUGAUGACGUCUCAUGACUACGAAGUACGUCUGUUCCCGUUUAUUUUUCACGUUACGGCGUCAUUUCGGUCGGUCUUGUUGGUGUACUGAAAACAAUAAAACAGCGGCUUUAUUGGUGUGCCAAUCUAAUCCUGGACUCUUUUCUGUAGUAAACACUUUCUUUUUGUUAAAGUAAAUUAAGAUUCAUUAUUAUCGCUAGAGAAACGCUCUAUAGCAACUCUCAGUUAAAUUUUGCUUUUCCUUGUUUUUGCCACCAAACGAACUGGAUUAAUUUAGAUGAAUUGUUUGCAUUCGCCAGGAAUCAGCGCUGAAAGAUGCUUUGGAUCGACUGGCCGCUGAUAUUGAUCAGAAGCUUGACAGAUUAGAACUGGAUCCACUCAAGGAAUACUUCGGUAAAUGAAUACUGCACGACACCAAAUGAAACUGAUAUCACUUGAUAUCAAUUUGAAUAACGCUAAUUAGUAAAAUCCAACUAGUGGUCUAUUAUCAAUGCUACGUUCUGAUUGGUUGAGGUACUACUACGCUAUAUGUUAUAGCCCACUAGUAGCGAAAAGCGUGAGCUUUUUGGCGGCAAAGAAGGAUUAAAGUCUAGCUUUAAGUAGCUAAAAUUUUUUUAUUCUCGAUAUUUUUGACCAACUAGUUGGAUUUUACUAAAACAAUUAUUCCUGUCCCCCCCAUGGCUUCUGAGUCAAUAGCCCAUGAGGCCGAUUGACUCAGUGCCCAUUCGGGCUCGAGGAAUAAUUGUUAAAUAUUACAUAUUUCUUGAGAUCACUGCAGAAAUUACAAUUCAAGUCUCGUUUUGUUGGACACUAUUUGGAGAAGAGCGAAUCGCGAAAUUACUGUUUCUUUUUUCAGUAAGUAGAUAAACCAGACAAUGUGCGUGGUGGCCCAAGUGUCGUGUUAAUAAUUUACCCCCUGAAUUUUCAUUUUAGAAAAGAAGAUAAAGAGCAUGAAAUGUAAACAUGUUGAUUUGCCUUUGAAUGAUGAUCCUGCUGCUGGUUUCCGCAAGUGAGUGAACUACAAUUCUUUGCCUAGUGAAGUCACCAUCUAUGUCAUAAUGGUGAAACGUGAUUGACAUGGGAUAUUAAAACAGAGGAAGUUUUAAUCGAGUAUCUUCAAACUAUGCAGAUCUUAUCCACUCGUUGUACCUUUGGCCCGCUGCAGUUCCCGCAGACCAGUAAAUGAACUUAUCUGAUGUUGAAACAAACACGUGUAGACGCGGGUGCCAACCGCGGGAAAAACUAUUGACCAAUCCACAAUUUGACUUAUCAGAAUUGGCAGACAAUCAAAUUAACCAAUCAGAUUUUGGAAUAAAUACAUGUACUUGUGGGCAUGGACGCCUAUCGUGGUAAACUUGUUUGAGCGAGUCAGUAUUGAUGCUUUGACUGAAAACCACUUAUGAACUCAUGAUUGGUUUAGAAAAUGGGGCGAGAUUUUUUAGCCAAUCCCAAAGCGCGGCAGUGGAAGAUAAAAGCAAUCACCGGAUUUCUGGAAAACCAUUUUGAGACUGUUCAGUUUACAGUUCGCUUGAGUAGUUUUAAGUCGUUUCUUUCCUUUGUUGCUUGGUUCUGUUCACUUGUCAGCGUGUAUAGUGAACUAUUGUUUUCCAUUGUUUUUCAGGGCAUUGCUUCGGUUUCACUGUAUUUCCUGUGAUAGACCUGUCGAUAUGAUCCCUGGCCAGUAAGUAUUUAAAACGAACAUCAUAGAAUGACGCUUGACUGACGCCUUGUACCUGGUCACUCGUCCCAUCGAACAGACUAGUCAACUAGACAUAGACUACUAUGACUAGUCGGAAUUUUUUAACGCUAUUUGUUUGAUUAGACUAGUCAACCAGCCAUUUUCUGUAUUUUAGCUAGUCCUAAAUGGGGUGACUGUUUCAGUCCGAACAUUUUUCUUUUGCGGACGAAAUCCCAUCGUGAGACCAUUCGAAUGACUUCAGUAGCCUGAGAAAAUAUCCGAUAUUUCGUCAGAUUAUCACUGGUUUCAUCGUGAAAUGAUGCGUCAAGAACGAGCGCAGAAAUUUCAUACUGACUGAAAUAUCUUGGUCUGGAAUUUCUGAGCUCAUCUCUCAAACGUCGUUUAACGGGGAAACCAGUGGUGGCGUGGCGAAAUAUCGGGUGUUUUCUCAUGCUACCUUUUCAGCAGUUUUUUUUUUUCGCAUGGAGUUACCUUAUGUGCCAGUAUGUUACGGUCUGAAAAUUCAAAUUUUACUAAAGAGUCUUGCUUUAUCUCAAGAGAUUGAGCUUCGGGCAUUCAAACUAAAGAAAAACUAUAGGUCUUAGAGAGCAUACUCAAGUGAUUCAUCACGUUCUACUGUCGAGAGGCUUCUCCAACGAUAGUCGCUGCAAUUAAACCUUACAUUAUUUUCUUCAAUUCUUUCUUAGCUGUGUUUCAUAAACCAGAAACUGACUAAUCCUUUGUGUUUGUAGUCCCAACCCUGCUCUGCCCCAGAGUCCUGGUCUGCCACCGUCCCGGUCAGGUCGUCCGUACACCACUUAUGAACUCGAUCAAAUCCGUCAAAUACAUCGAGGGUAAGGAGUCUUGUCGAGAUCUACGUCUAUUUUCUUGUUCAGUGGUGUGAAAGACUAAAUCUUAAGGGUCGAGUUUACAUUUUUUCCAAUACAUAGAUUGCAAGAAAAAACUUUUUUCUUGAAAAGACAUAGAGAUGCGGGCAAAAACUACUGCGAAAAAAUGAUCGCAAAUACUAUGAUACUGCAAACCGUAGUAACCAGUGAAAGUAAUAAUCGGCAUAACCGAUCAUUUCACGACCUUCACUUUGGUUUGCUGCAGUUUGCAACCGCAAAACAUCCCUGAACUGUUGUAUCAUUUAUGGCCAUUUUAUAGAGGUCCAACUCUGUUUUACCAUUUACAGAUGAGUUGUUUGUCUUGUUUCUGAUCUUUUAACAGUGGAUACACAUAUGAUCAAGAAGUUGCCACGACAACAGCCCGCGCAUGCGGAGGAAGCCACACAGUGACGUUUCCCCACAGAAGGACGGCGAGAUUCAAGUGAGUAGCCUCACAACACAGGGUAAAGAUAAACACCUUUUUUAUUUGGGGAAAUCCCGUCAUAGUCAGGGCAGACUCUGUUAUCAAUAGGAGCCCUGAACCUUAAUUAACUUAUAACUUGAUCCCAAAUCAGUCAGUCGGCGACAAAAAUAAUCCAUUAUGUAUAUUUUUCCCUUUGUAUAGUCAAUAUUAUUACUACAGAGAGGAUGAAUCACCAAUUCCCAUCCCUCCAAGGUAAGUAAAAUUAACGAUUGUUGUCCUCGUUUCGCUAGUCUUUUUCCACCCUUAGUUUCUUUGUUACUGAGAAGCCAAGAAUUGUUUAUGUUUUGUUCUCAUAAGCUUUAAGCCUGUCACCCUCAGAGUAAAUUAUGGGGAAAUGUAAUUCAGUUUUAACUUUUGAUUUUGUGGACUAAAUCCUUUGACUAUUCAAAUAAAUCGGGAACUAUACAUAGGCUCGCGGAGAUAUGAAAUUUAUCUUCGAGUGUUCAACUCGGUAUCUCAUGAGUACGCGCAGCGAACGGGUGAGAUAUCGAAAGUUAAUACGUUAAGAUAAAUUUCAUAUCUUCAAGCUCCCAUGUAUUAUUCUAUUUAUUAUAUAAAAUUAGAUCAAUUAUUUCAAAAGGUGAAUAUUCCAAAAUUUGGAUAUCAGGACACAUGUGUUCUGUUACAACAAUUCUCAGUGGCCAAAAUCCCUAUAAAACACUGUAGUUUAUAUAAUAAAACCUUUUUAUCACUACUCACAUCAUACUAUUUCUUCAGUAUGUCGUACCGUGCUGUGAUCGGUCGAAUGUGGCAGAUUCGUGGUGUUGUCUCGCCCCGUUCUUGAUGAUCGCUCCCCCUGUUUACCCCUCACACACAUCCACAAUCCCCCCUCCCACCUUAUUCGCCUUUUUUCCCUGUAAAAGGGCUUGGGCCCAGGUAUGUAGUUCUAACGUUUUAGUCUUUGGACUUAAUUCUAUGAAUUGACCAUCGAAAUGAAACCUAUCUGACAGGACUUUUCACGGCGGUAAUUGUUUCUAGUAUUUUACAACUGAAUGAAUUUGAGUCUUUUCUCAGUCUUAAGUGAGUCGUUGCUGGCCUUCAAACGUUAGUUCGAUUACUCAAAGCUAUCGCUUGAAACGUUUGGUUUUAAAUCUCAUGAGGGUGAGCAAUUAACCUUCUCGAAUCAGUUGAUAAAACUAGUUAACCUAUUACUUGCGUUUCCUGGCCACACAGCCGUUUAUUUUUCAUCAUAUGUUCAACUUUUCUAGUUCAAAGAAGAGUACAAAACGGGGCCAUCUUUGCUAAUAUACCAUCUGACCUAGGGCAACCUGUCUCCCUUUCAAAGCAAAUUAUGCUCUGGCAUUUUGAAUGGAAAAGUUAAAGCUCUGUAUGGUGCAUGGGUGAGCUUCCGUAGCAGGCGCCGGUAUUUUUAGAGCGAAGGGAUAAACUUGUUUACGCGCGCGCACGAGGGAAAAAAACUGGGGAGAGCAGUCAUCUCCCCUUCGCGUAUUCCACUCGAGCGCUCUUUUAAACUAUUAAGUAAUGGUCCAGUUAAUAAGGAAAGAACCACUUGAACACGUUGGAAUGCAAAAAGGUUCUAACUUUACUAUUGUCUCGUCUGAGUCUAGGUAACACAGAAAUCCUAUGUGAGGAACGAGUAAAAUUAUAAACUUGUCUUGGCUAUUGCUUUCAACUCUUAUGAUUUGUCGAAAUCAUUUAAUACAAAAAAACACCCUUUAAAAAAUUAUGGAUUUUAUAUACAUUUAAUUUCGUAAACUGCCUUUUUGAACAUUUUCUCUAUUCUCUGUUUGAAAAUGAAAAUGUUUCUAUCUGAGGAAAGCGUUUUGCGCCACAACAAAAGAAACAGGCCACUUCCGAGUUCCAAAAACCCUCACUUUCAAAAUGAGGACAAGUGCACAACCUUUCUUGUGAAAAUGAGUUUGAUGUGGUACAGAGGCCCGGGGGAACUCGCAAAUGGCGUUUUUGCUUCCCGUCUUACCUGGAUCGUUACUUAAAACGGCGCCUGCCUCGCCCGCUAUGUAUGAGGGGAGUAUGCUACGUGAAAUUGCCGAGCCUUGUAUGGAAGAUUCUUUAAACUAUCCGGGAAAAAAAUGGAUAAACUGAGGUUGUGAUCAAACAAAAACAAAAAUGAUUUCCCAUCUAACUGUAGGAUAAAUAGCUAUUUGAUAAACCUUGUUUGACUGAUUUGUUUGAAGGGACGAAACAGAGCUUAUCGGACAGGAUGGACAAAUUUACAAAGGGCGCUUUGAUGAAAGAAUGCCUGACGUACCCCCGGUAUGACUCCUCCUCCACUGCAUAGAGAAGUGUUACGCACUUCUCAUCAUUCUUUAUUUCAUUUCAAGUAUAACAAGUGUUAGAUUUUUGUCUGCUUGUUUUACUUCUUCGUUUCCCUCGUUUGAUCUUCUUCGGAUCAAGUGAUCAAAGUGAAAUGGUGUUGCUUCUACUGAAAAGCACAGUGAAAACCAUACAACUACUGGAGUCUUGCUGGGAUUUUUGCUUAAAAGGGAUCAUAUGUAACAUUAAGUUAAAUUCGCAACAAUGCUGUUGUAACAAUUACGUUGUACGGGUGUUCUAAAGGUUUCUGUACGAUGUAAUGAACUACGGACUGUUUCACUCACUUUCAGUGGUAGAAGUCCCCCUUAGGCUGUUUUAAAGCCGCGUCAUUGAAGUCGGUGACAAGCGAAAGAUACUUGUUAAGUCACGCCAUAGAUUUCGAGAGAAGCACGGGUCUUGUGAUUGGUGCUGACUCAUCAGCAUGAGCUCCGAAGGUCAAAGACUUUUAGUUUCUCAAGUCUCGCUCAGUAAGGGAGAACUUAUGGCUAUUAAGCUCAGUAGACAUUUUCCGGCUCAGAGAGUUGAGGACAACCCUAGCAUAUAUUUGCUUUCAAAACCUCUCUCACUUUCAAGUAAGGAUCAAGAAUCAGUGAUCUGACGGUAGUGUUAUAACAGCCCAUACCUUCCUCGAGUGUGUCCUUCCUCAGUGAAAUGUGUGUCGAGGAAGACCUUAUAAUAAAGCUCACUAUGCCAGGCUUGUAUCGUAAGUUUUUUUAUGUUCUCCUCGGCAGUACCCCAAAUCUCCAAGAGUUAUGUCAGCGAAGAGAGCAACUAGCCCCCAGCCUCCCCGCAAUGGAAGCCCAACAAAUCGUCGCCCAAGAUCUGCUGCAGUCCCCUCGUCUCCUAGAAAUCUCGAGGAGGAAGCUGAGCCCGCGAGUGUUGUUGUUCAGUGACAAUGGUCUCACAGAAAAUGAUGCAGUGACUUUAUUGCUCCUGUUCUUAUUGCUGUUGUACCAGCAAACUCUUAUUCGCGGAUUCUUUGAUUGUUCGUAGAAGUGUUGAAUAUUUGAAGUGAAGGGUAAUUUAUGAUACUUAUUUAUGAUAAAAUAGUAUAGUUAAUAUUUGCUUAAUAUAUUAAAGUCGUUGAAUCGAGAAUUGAAAAUUGAAAUACUUCGUGGAAAUGCUGUUUCUGAAUUUGACUUCUUGACUUAUUAGAUGCUGGCCAUUUCCUUUUUUUAAAUCAGUUCACAAAAUCCUAUUAACAGUCUAACUGGUCUUUAUGCACCGUUGUAAAAUACAUCACUUCAUGUCGUAAUGUUGCACUUGAAGGUUCAGCGUGUUACAAUGUAUAAGUUUUGAAGAAAAAAAGGUGAUGUGUAUUGAACGUUUUCCCUGCUGACGAUUUUUUUCGUAGGUCGCUUUGAUGAGUCCUCUAAGUUCCAUUGAAAAAAAAGGUUGUAAGUUCAGAAAACAAAGGACUUUUACGAAUUUGCUUUACCAGUGAUUGACUUUACAUGCCUUCCCAUAGUUUCAAAAAUACACGUUAAUGAACCGUGGACGAAACCGCGAAGGACGGUAGGGUUUAUAAUGCAAACGUUGGGUGAUCACUUGUUGAAAAUGGGCGUUGGAGAUGUUACAUUGUAAUUUUAUGUGAAUAUAAUAUUUAUCAGGUCGAUUGGCACAUGCCCAUUGAUUGACC